AUGGCGGAGAAGGAAGCCACCAUCUUCAUCCUGGACCUUGGGUCCACCAUGGCCCAGACUCACAGUGGGCGAUCUGAAUCAGAUCUCGACUGGAGUAUGCGAUAUGUGUGGGACAAAAUUACCGACAUCGUCGCCGCCAGUCGCAAGACGUUGUGUGUUGGUGUUGUCGCCUUCAGGACUGACGAGACCGACAAUAAGCUGCAAGAUGACGACGGCUAUGAGAACAUUGCCGUGCUGCAAGAGCUGGGACCGAUGUCCAUGUCAUCUCUGAGGAACUUGCAGUCUGUCAUCAAGCCAAGCGAGACGUGGUCGGGAGAUGCCAUUUCAGCCAUCGUUGUCGCUGUUGACAUGAUGGACACAUUCACCAAGAAACUCAAGUGGAAUCGCAAGAUUAUCUUGAUCACCGACGGUCAGGGCCCAAUGGACGCAGACGGCUUGAGCGACAUCUCUAAGAAAAUGAACGACUCAAAUAUCCAACUGACUGUUCUGGGCGUGGAUUUUGAUAAUCCUGACUAUGGCUUCAAGGAAGAGGACAAGCCCAAUACCAAGGAAGAGAACGAGAAAUCCCUCAAGUUACUCGUCGAUGAUUGCCAGAACGGUGUCUUCGCGACAAUCGCAGAGGCCAUUGAUGAGCUUGAUACCCCUAGAAUCAAGUCGGUGAAGCCAUACAAGACAUACGAUGGCACUCUUACUCUCGGUGAUCCUGAGAGGUUCCCUUCUGCGAUGAAAAUCAAUGUCGAGAGAUACUUCAAGACCCAUCUCGCGCGACCCUUGACAGCAAGCACUGUGGUCGUCAAGUCUGAAGGUACGGGAUCCGAGUCUACCCAGGCCGUAGAGGGAGACGAGAUGGAGGGCGUUGAAUUUUCCGCGGUCAGGCAAGCUCGAUCGUACAAGGUCAACGAUCCUGAUGCCCCUGGUGGCAAGCGAGACGUAGAGUUCGAGGACCUUGCCAAGGGUUUCGAGUAUGGCCGGACUGCUGUGCAUAUCAGCGAGUCGGAGCACAACAUCACCAAGAUCGAAACACAAAAGAGCUUCUCAAUUGUUGGAUUCAUCCCUUGCUCAAAGUAUGAACCUUUUCUCAACCUGGGCGAGGUCUGCGUGACAGUAGCCAGCAAGUUUGAUGCAAAGUCAGCACUCGCUUUCUCCUCUCUGGUCUGGGCACUCUCGGAACUCGAGUCGUAUGGAAUCGCCAGAAUCGUGCCUAAAGAUGGCAAAGACCCGCAGCUGGUAUUGGUGGCGCCUGGCGUGGAGCCAGACAUGGAGUGUUUGUACGACAUCCCACUGCCGUUUGCCGAAGACAUUCGAAGUUACCAGUUCCCGCCUUUGGAUCGGGUCAUCACGGUUAGCGGCCAAACCAUCACAAAGCACCGCUUCCUUCCGACGGACGAGCUCAAUGAUGCCAUGAGCGACUAUGUCGAUGCAAUGGACUUAUCGACAUAUGGCAUCGACGAUGAGGGUGAACCCGCUGAGUUCGCGCCUAUCGACGACACGUUUAACCCAACAAUUCAUCGGAUCAACCACGCCGUGAAAUCCCGGGCAGUAUACCCCGAAAAGCCCAUUCCCGAUACCCCGUCGAUCCUGCUGCGAUUCGCUUCGCCGCCUGAGGACUUGAUUGAAAAGGUCCAGAGCAAGAUUGAUUCGCUUGUGGAGGUGGCAGAUGUCAAGAAAGUCCCUGAGUUUAAACAAAUGCUGGCUGCUACCGAGGAGGUUGCCCAAAUCGAAGAGGCAGCGAAGCAAAUGGGGGCAAUUAUCACGACAUUUAUUACCGAGAGUUUUGGGGAUGCCAAAUACGCACGCGCCAUGGAGUGUUUGGGCGUUAUGCGGGAAGAGCUGACCAACCUGGAAGAGCCUGGGCUGUACAACACCUUUGUACGGGACAUGAAAAAGCAGCUGCUAUCAGGCGAUCUUGGAGGAGACAGGAGAGACUUUUGGUUCAAGGUGCGGUGGUCACGGAUGGGACUGAUUGACAAGAAGCAGUCAGAAGUAUCGACUGUGUCCCCAGAGGAGGCAGAUGAGGUGAGUUUCUGGUCACUACGUUUUCUUGAAUACAUGCUAACCGUGUUACAGUUUUACAAGUCAAAGUAG